AAGGAAGAUUCCGCUGUCCUGAGCCAUGGCGUGCUGCCUGUCGGAAGAGGCGAAGGAACAGAAACGCAUCAAUCAGGAGAUCGAGCGGCAAUUGCGGAGGGACAAGCGGGAUGCCAGGCGGGAGCUCAAGCUGUUGCUACUCGGAACUGGCGAGUCGGGGAAGUCCACGUUCAUUAAACAGAUGAGGAUUAUCCACGGCUCCGGCUACUCGGACGAGGACAAGAGAGGGUUCAUCAAACUUGUGUAUCAAAACAUUUUCAUGGCGAUGCAGUCCAUGAUCCGGGCGAUGGACCUCCUGAAGAUUCAGUACGGCGAUUCCUCGAACAUAGAAAAAGCGGAACUCGUGCGAAGCGUGGACUUCGAGACGGUGACGACAUUCGAGAGCCCGUACGUAGAGGCAAUCAAGGACCUGUGGGCGGACGCCGGUAUACAGGAGUGUUACGAUCGCAGACGGGAAUACCAGCUCACGGACUCAGCCAAGUAUUACCUAAUGGAGAUAGAUCGAGUCGCGGCACCAAACUACCUCCCCACAGAACAGGACAUUCUUCGUGUGAGAGUGCCCACCACCGGUAUAAUUGAAUAUCCCUUUGACUUGGAAGAGAUCCGAUUUAGUUAUCUUAGUGAUCUAGACCGUAUCGAAAAGCCUGAUUUCCUUCCGACCGAGCAAGACAUCCUCCGGGCACGAGCUCCCACCACCGGCAUUAUAGAAUAUCCGUUUGAUCUGGACUCCAUCAUAUUUAGGAUGGUAGACGUCGGUGGACAGAGGUCGGAAAGAAGAAAGUGGAUUCAUUGUUUCGAAAACGUCACUUCAAUUAUAUUUUUAGUAGCUCUAAGUGAAUAUGAUCAAAUUCUAUUUGAAUCGGAAAACGAGAAUCGAAUGGAGGAAAGUAAAGCACUCUUCAAAACGAUUAUAACAUAUCCCUGGUUUCAACACUCUUCUGUUAUUCUGUUUCUCAACAAGAAAGAUCUACUAGAGGAAAAAAUCAUGUACUCUCAUCUCGUCGACUACUUUCCGGAAUAUGACGGUCCGCAGAGAGACGCCAUAGCAGCUAGAGAAUUCAUUCUGAGGAUGUUUGUUGAGUUGAACCCGGACAGUGAGAAGAUUAUUUAUUCCCACUUUACGUGUGCCACAGAUACGGAGAACAUCAGAUUUGUGUUCGCGGCGGUCAAGGACACCAUCCUACAGUCCAAUCUGAAGGAGUACAAUCUGGUUUAGACGACGAAACGCACUGCGAAUCCGAGCAGACACGACCACAGUUUCUCUCGCAUCCUGACCAAUGUAUCAGUGUGAGACUGCUACUCCGUUGACUCGCAAUCCGAGAAACGAUGGAGAUGCGCGAGACAGACGAUACAGACUUGUGAUGCGAUCGUGCACGCAUGUAUACACGCAGAGCGUGCGUCGCGUCGAGCUUUGUCGUGCCGAGAAUGUGUUGUUUGUACCAACAAAUAGCUAGACACGCAUAAGACAUAUAAUUAUGAUGAGCGUAAAAAGCGACGAAGCGAUGUAAAAGAGAGCGAACAAGGACCUAAAAGCGUCACGAGCGUUUUGCUUUUUUCUCUUCGAGAGAGAAGAAAGGGAAUAUGAGGAAAAAGAAUAAAAUCUAUCUUCAUUGUCGAUACCAACUCGCGUGAGUCGAUUCGGUUCUCUCGUACACCGGUUCCCGUAUUUUGGGAUUUGUUACCUUUCUUUUGUAGAUUAAUUCUUAGUCGAUAUUGCGCGCGCGAAUGCGCUCCCCCUUUCCCCUUCUCGGGCCGGGGAAUACGUCGGUACCAGGGGCCCCGGGCAUCGUUGUCUGACUUAUAUAUCUCUAUAUAUAUAUAUAUAUAUAUAUAUAUAUAUAUAUAUAUAUAUAUAUAUAUAUAUAUAUAUAAACGAACGAAUGCGAGGGCGAACGUAUCACGCGCGUGAGCGUGGCACACGGCGCGGCUGUGCCGCGUGCAUUUUUAACAGCGCGUCUGCCUGUGUUCGUCUCUCAAGUCUAAGAGAUCUCAGCGGAGGUGAAGAAAACUGAAGAGACGAAACAGCGAGGCGAGCGAGCGAAUGAAAGAAACGGGCUUUUUAAUCGCGAAUUAGAUUCGAUGACACAAGUGAGAGAGCAAUUCUAGUGCCAUUUACUAGUUGUUGUUUUUUUUUCUUUCCUUUCUGUUUCCUUCUUUUCAUCUUUCUUCUUUUUUUUUUAAUCUACUAAAUGCUAAAUUAUGAAAACGUCUUUCGUUUAAAGUUACGCGAAAACCAAAGUGUUUCUGUUUUUAUCCGUGCCAGAAAUGCCUCAAAGUUCUUUUUGCAUGUAACUCUCUCGAAUCUAUUAAAAAUUCAUCGUAUAAAUAUUGUUAUAUAUAAUAUAUAAAGAAUGAAAUAUAGAUUAUAUAUAUAGAGCGCGAGAGAGGGAAAGAGAGAAAACGAGAAGAAGAAAGAAUGGAUACCAGCGGCAGUGACGGAGAGAAAGAGAGAGGAGAAAGAGAAAGAAGGUAAGAAUGAAUGCGAAAAAAAGAGUUUUAUGUAUGUGUGAUGAAAUGAAAAGGAAAGUUUAUGUUUGCGGAAGCGAAAGAUACUGCGGGAAACUGCGUCUGUUCGAUGUGACUUAGAUAAUUAAGGGGCGCGGGAGGAGCCCGCAGAUAUCUCUCUCUGCCGUCUCCUCUCUCUGCCGGCUGUGCGUCCAGGUUACGCGAGGGGAGUUGAUCCUCAAACUGCGUGCGAAUCUCUCCAGAACGAUUUUUCUCGACUUGCAAAGAUAAAUUAAUUUUUCGAGAAUGGAAAAUUUCGACUAAUAGAGGAAUAGAUUCCUAAAGAAUGAAAGAAAUUCUGACUUGCAAACAUCAAACUCCUUAAAAAUAAAGAGUUUCGAUCUGCAACGAUGCAUUUCUGAAACAUAUGAAAAGUCCCGGUGAGUUUUUCGCGAACAAGAUACCUCUUGAAUUUGCAAAGAAUUCUUCGAAGAACGAGAAAAAUCUCUUAUGGAACAUUGAGACGGCAAAUAUCUCGAGAGCGAUGGUGAAGGAGGGAAUUCGUCGCGAUUCUCCCUUCGUUUGGCUCUCAUUUUCUUACACGGUGGCAUAGCCUCUGCGUGCAGCCAGGGCCAUAGGUUUCCUCUCUCUCUUGGAAGAGAGGGGAGCUUCAUGUCCCUCGUUCGCCCCGUAUCCAGAUUAUACAGUGUACGUACGUAUGAACUGCUCACUGCCUGCGCUCGCUCAUAUGCUGGCUAGCGCGCUGCCCGUUACUCGUACUCUCUGACGGUUCGAUCAUUUCGAAUUAACUUGAAAGUCGCGGUUCGCAUUAUCUUUCUUCCUCUUCCCGAUAACGUGUACUGAAGCGGAUGAAAAGAAAGCUAAUAAAUGAAAGCUUAUAAAUUAUAACGAUAAGAUAAAAUUAGAAGAAAAUUCUACAAAUUAGUGCAAUAAAGUAGAGAGAAAAGUAUAAUUUUGAAAUAUGAAAUAAAAAAAAAAAUAAAUAAAAAACAAGGCCGAUUCUAAUCUCUUCAAUAUUCUUUCUCCAUCAGAAUAGAUGCAAUAAAACAAACGGAAUAACAAGGAAAGAAAGAGAAAAACUUCUUCAACAUGCGUGUGCGUCAUUGGUGGAGAGGAAUGAAGGAAUCUUCUCUUCUAAGUUAUUCGACGCUGAAAUCACAGUUCUUUCAAGCGCGCGAGAAGGAAAGCACGCAUAGAAACUUUUCGACGAGAAAAAGAGACUCUUACCAGCUUAUCGCAUCUACGAAACACGAAGGUGGAAGGAAAAUAACGCGAAGCGUCGUGAGACUAUUCAUCGGAGUCAAGAACAGUCCCUAGGUGUAAUUGCUAGGUAUGUGCAAUGAUGGAAGCCGCGCGCGAACCCAGAGAGUACGCCGCGCCAAUAGAGACGACCCUCUCUACGUGGCAUCGGCCGAAACCGAUGAAGAAUUUUUGCGUACCAACACAAAUGUGCACAGCAUCCCAAAUGUCACCGGAUUCCGCCGGCGCCGCGCAAGCAUCGCACAUACACCGGGCAGCAUGUGUCAUAUACCUUGGUUGUGUCACACCCACCUUGGUUGGAACACUGAGUUUAUAUAUGAAAGAAAAAAAGUAUAUAUAUAAAUACAUUAGAUAAUAUAUUAUAUAUUAAGCGAAUACCACACAACAAAUAAUAUUGAAUAAUAACAUUAAUAAUUAUGAUAAUUAUUAUAAUAAUAAUUAUAAUGAUAAAAUAAUAAUAAUAGUAAUAAAAUAAUAAUUAAUAAUAGUAAUACUGCUUGGUUUUCAGUGAGAGCGUGGUUAAACGGAUGAUGGCAGAGAGGGAGGGAGAGAUAGCGCAUGUGCAGGACACGAAAUUUAAAACGAUGCUAGUGAGAAAAAUGAAUGAGAGAGAAAAAGAGAGAACGUAUGUAUGCGUAUGUGCAUUUUCCUGUGUGCGUCUUCGUGCAUAUUUAUGCGUUUUUGUGCAAUUGUUUGGGCAUAUGCGCGUUGCGUGUAUGAAAAGAGAAAGAGAGAAAAGGCGAAACGAAGAGGGAAGCCAAGGGAGUGAUUUUCAAUGUGCGUGUGUGUGAGGAUAUUUUAAUGAGAGAUGAAAAGAAAUAAGAGAAGAUCGAUUGCGACACUAUAGGCUUUGUACAACCCUAAUCGAGAAACCGGCGAGUGAUGACGUGCAAGAGUCUCCAAGGGGCUGUUAGGUUCAUUUGUAAAUCAUCUCUCUUUCGUCAGGAGGCACGUACACCACCCUUCCGAGAACAUAAAAUAUGUUGGGUAUUCUUUCUCUGUGUAUAAAAUUGUAAACACCUACCAAGCCCAAAAAAUCAAUGUUUCUAACUUAUUUAUAAUAAAUAAUAUACAUUAAUGAUAAAAAUAAACACACACAGUUUGUGACAGUAGCAUCGA